UGAUUGCUGGAGCACACACCACCACCGCUGCUGCUCGCCCUCAUACAUAUAUAACCGGAGCUAGAAGCUUAUUACUCGGAUUAGCAUUUGAGCUUAAGGCUCGAUUCGUGAGGAGUAAAGCUAGCAAGAAGCUCCAAUAGUCGAGAUCGAACGAACACGGAACACAUGGCCAACUUGGCUGCUCAGAUCAAGGACAAGUUCCUCGGCCUCGUCGACCGUGUCACCGACGCCGCCGCCGGAUUUGGCCGCGCUGCCGGAGGCAAGGACGACGACGUACAGGACCCCACUACUACUAAGCUGCACCUGCACGCCGUCCAGCGUGCUGAGGUUAUUAUUAGAUCGCGAGGAGGAGAACCCGUCGUGGACACAGGAUCGACUGCGGGGGCCAAUUAACAAUGCCGCCCGUUUUUAUAGAUUGUUGCGCGUGUGCCAUGGAAGUUCAUAUAGCAGAUAGCCCAGCAGAAUGCAAUGGCACUUGCUAGCUAGUGCCUCUGUUCUACUUGCAAAACAUUUCUCUUAUUAUUUGUAGCUGGUGCAUGUCAGCGGGUAUAUCUAUCUUGCAGUUCUAUAUAUUAUGUUCCUUUCAGUGGGCUCUCUAGUCUAGCUCCCUGAUGUUAUUAGGCAAGGCUCUUUUUGUUGCAAGUUGUAAUAUGUUAUAGAGCUCUCUGCUCCAAUACUCUAAAUAAAAAAAGUUUUGUCGAAAAA